UCAAAUUUACACUUUUUUCACAAAUAAAAACUCCCCCUUUGCUUCCCGUUAUUUAUAUACUCUCUUGAUCAUACAUAAAUGAAUAGAAAAUACUUGGAUCGAAGAUCAUAUUCAUGGUCUGGACAAUCAAGACCAUACAUAUGCGAUUUUUGCGAGAGAGGUUUCUCCAACGCACAAGCUUUAGGAGGGCACAUGAACAUCCACAGAAAAGAUAGGGCAAAACUGCGGGAAGCGAACUUAAAGGAAGAUAAUCCUGAAGACUCCAUAUGCACCAAUUCAAGAACCAGGUUCGAGCAAGUUCCGAUUGAAUUGCCUUUCUUCGUUGACACGGUAAGUCCUACAAGAAAAGAAAACAAUAGUAAAAGUGGAAACUAUUUGGGAGAUGAAGAAGAGAAGAAGAUGAGGUCGUUAUUUCAAAAAGCUUUGUCCAAAAGUGCAGAAGUGAUAGACCUUGAGCUUCGUCUAGGAUUAGAUCCUUAUAAGAAAUCACCAAGUAAGUAGUUAUGUGAAUAUAUAGUUUAGUCACCAAAAUAUAUAUGUAAUAUGUGGAUAUUUUUUUGUUCGUUUGAUUUGAUUAGUUGUUGAUUAGUUAAUAUUGCACUAAAAUUCUAACUUUGUAUGUACG